GAUUAGGUCUGCGAAGCCGUUCGCCGAAGAAAGGUCCUAACUCGAAAGCAUUUCCGGGUUCAAUAUGGACGCUCGAACCGUUUAGUGAGACUUCCUCCAAACUUAUCAUUUCUCUCUAGUUUUUUUAACCUGGAUGUGACGUCUUAAAGGAUCCGACGGAAAUAGAACGUCAGGCGUUCUAAAAUGGCGAACCGUACGGUAAAAGAUGCGCACAGCAUCCACGGCACCAACCCUCAGUAUCUGGUGGAGAAAAUCAUUCGGACGCGAAUUUAUGAGUCCAAAUACUGGAAAGAGGAGUGCUUUGGACUUACAGCUGAACUUGUAGUCGAUAAAGCCAUGGAGUUAAGAUUUGUGGGUGGUGUCUACGGUGGCAAUAUAAAGCCAACUCCUUUUUUGUGUUUAACCUUGAAGAUGCUUCAGAUUCAACCCGAGAAGGAUAUCAUUGUAGAGUUUAUAAAAAAUGAAGAUUUCAAGUAUGUCCGCAUGCUGGGAGCACUUUACAUGAGGUUGACAGGCACUGCAAUUGAUUGCUACAAGUACUUGGAGCCUCUAUACAAUGACUAUCGAAAAAUCAAGAGUCAGAACCGAAAUGGAGAGUUUGAGCUGAUGCAUGUAGAUGAAUUUAUUGAUGAACUACUGCACAGCGAGAGAGUCUGUGAUAUCAUUCUGCCCCGGCUACAGAAACGCUACGUGCUAGAGGAAGCUGAACAGCUGGAGCCUAGGGUUAGUGCUCUAGAAGAAGACAUGGAUGACGUGGAGUCCAGUGAAGAGGAGGAAGAAGAGGAUGAGAAGUUGGAAAGAGUGCCAUCACCUGAUCAUCGCCGGAGAAGCUACCGAGACUUGGACAAACCCCGUCGCUCUCCCACACUACGCUAUCGGAGGAGUAGGAGUCGGUCUCCCAGAAGGCGGAGUCGGUCUCCCAAAAGGAGGAGCCCCUCCCCUCGCAGAGAACGGCAUCGGAGCAAGAGUCCAAGACGUCAUCGCAGCAGGUCCCGAGAUAGACGGCACAGAUCCCGCUCCAAGUCCCCAGGUCAUCACCGUAGUCACAGACACAGGAGCCACUCAAAAUCUCCUGAAAGGUCUAAGAAAAGCCACAAGAAGAGCCGGAGAGGGAAUGAGUAAUGGACUCAGAUUGGUUUUAAUACAAGUGGCCUUCUGUGGAGAUGAAGGCAUCUGUCUACAUAGAAGAAAGAUCUACUCAGUCCCAGGCAGCUAUGAGAGUAUUUUAGAUUUUUUUUAAACCAAGUUCUCACUUUUUUUUUUUUUUAACAUGAAAGAGGUGCUGAGUUUUGUAUCUCUUUAUGAAUUGUAUGUAAUCCACACAUUUGAAAGAUAAUGCUUCCUGAACCGAGAGCUGCUUUUGGCCUCUUUGUACAAUCAACCUUGUCUGUACUGAAAUUUAUGAGGGUAGAAUGGAGUCAAAUAGAGUGUAUGAAACAAGGGGAGAAUGUGGCCACAUUGUUAUUUUUGUUAUUAAAUUUGACACACCCA